GCAACUUGGUUAAGGCAUACCAUUUUAAUGACGUUAAAUAAUCGCUAUACCGUGACGUUAGCAUACCUUAAUUGAUUAAAUAAUGUAUGAGAUUAUACAUUUUCUUCACAUAUUUAUUUCUAUAAAAAGGAACCCUUCACAUACAUUAAUCACUCAUCCAUUAGCAAUAGCAUUGAACUCACAAUGGCUUCUUUUGUUACACUUUUCUCCUCCCUAACUCUCACAAUAGUCCUUCUCUCAUUUUCAUGCUCAUCACAACAGUUCUUCUCACCAAUUGAAAAAGACUCAUUAACCAAUCUAUAUUCCACUUCACUUGAUAUAGGAACAGAACCUACACAUCAAUUCAAUCUUGUGAUUGAUAUUGGAGGACCAAUCUUAUGGUAUGACUGCAACAAAACCUACACUUCUUCAACCUACAAGCCCAUCUCUUGUCAAUCCAAACUUUGCCCUAAUGAUGCUGGAUGCAUAAGCUGCAAUGGCCAUUUCAAACCAGGUUGCUCAAACAACACAUGUGGUGCUAACAUAAUUAACCCAUUAGUUGAUGCUAUUUUUUCAGGUGACACUGGCAGUGAUUUUUUGUUCAUACCAAAAUCUAAAAUCCAAAUCCCUGACUUUAUUACUGGUUGCACUGACUCUAAUGCAUUUACAGCUGCUUCUGCCACUGAUAAUUUCCCUCUUAAAAACUUACCAAAAACUAGUAAAGGUAUAUUAGGCCUUGCAAGAACACCACUUUCAUUACCAAAACAGCUUUCAUUAGCUCCUCAAAAAAUUCUUAACAAGUUUGUUCUUUGUUUACCAUCUUCAAACAAACUUGGUAGUUUCUUCAUGGGUGGGGUACCAUCUAAUUUUGCCAAGUUUAAACUCACUACUAUUCCUCUUAUUAUUAACCCCUUUAGCACUGCUCCAAUAUUUUCCCAAGGUGAUGCUUCUUAUGAAUAUUUCAUUGAUGUGAAAUCAAUUAAAGUUGGUGGUGAAAUUGUUAGCUUUAAGUCUUCCAUUUUGUCCAUUGACAAUAAGGGAAAUGGUGGAACAAAACUUAGCACAGUGAAGAACUUCACUGUGUUACAUAGUUCCAUAUUCAAACCACUUGUUAGAGAUUUUACUAAGAAGGCUUCUGAUAAUAAAAUAAAGAAAGUGGCAUCAGUGGCACCAUUUGAAACAUGUUUUGAUUUGAGUACUAUGCGUAGGACUAAUACUGGAUUGGAUGUACCUACUAUUGAUUUGGUGCUACAAGGGGGUGUGAAGUGGACAAUUUUUGGUGGAAAUUCUAUGGCCUUGGUGAGUAAAAAUGUAGCAUGUCUUGGAUUUGUGGAUGGUGGUAAUGAGCCAAGAACUGCUGUUGUGAUUGGUGGACACCAAUUGGAGGACAAUCUAUUGGAGUUUGAUUUGGUUUCUUCUAAAUUAGGAUUCUCUUCCUUGCUCCAACAAGAUGCAAGUUGUUCCAGAUCAGAAUAGUAAAAGUUUCAUUUCAAUUGAGUGAGAGUAUUAUGAGUUUAAGUAGCUUUUGUUAUUUCCCUUUUAGUUGUGUAAGAUGGUGAUUUGUAA